AUGGAUCCGAAAUUGCUUUGGAUUACUCGAUCUGGUAACGUCGAUGCUUUGUAUUCACUUAUUGCAAAGGAACCAUGUCUUCUUAAGAACUUAGACGUUUUACCCUUCAUCCACACACCUCUCCACGAGGCUUCAUCUACGGGGAAGACAAACUUGGCGAUGGAGUUGAUAGUUCUUCAGCCGUCUUUUGCCAAGAAAUUGAACACGGAGGGGUUUAGUCCGUUACAUCUCGCUGUUGAAAACCACCAUUCUGACUUAGCUAAAGAGCUGAUUCUGUUUGAUUCCACUCUUGUGCGGACUCCUGGAAGAGGAGGCAUGACACCACUUCACCAUGUGGUAACAAUUGGUGACUUGGACCUACUUGCAGAGUUUCUUGUGAUUUGUCCUGAGAGCAUUAGAGAUACAAAUGUAAAUGGAGAAACAGCAUUUCACAUCACCGUUAUGAACGACAAAUACGAAGAGCUCAAGAUUCUGAGAGGGUGGAUGCAACGGUUACAUAAUUCUGAUUCUUCAUCCACCGAGAAUUACGUCUUGAAUAAACGAAAUCGAGAAGGAAACACAGCCCUGCACUUAGCCGCAUACAAGAAUAAUCACCAGGCAGUUAAAUAUCUGUUAAAAUUCAUGCCACUGAACCGGAACAUUCUAAACAAAAGUGGUAUGACAGCCCUUGAUGCUUUGCGAGCCAAUGGACAUCUCAUGAACAGAGAUACAGAGAAAAUGUUAAAAAAUGCAGGUGGUAAGAGCGCGGAUUCCCUAUCCAAAGUCCAGAAAACAUCUGUCUUCCUACGAAAAUCAGUCACUUUCCGGGAAUAUUGUUCUACGGGUAUAUCACGUUAUAGGAGUCACCUAUCAGACGGGACGCGGAACGCUCUUCUAGUAAUAAAUGUUCUGAUAGUCGCAGCUACUUAUGAAACAGCGGCCCAGCCACAAGAUGAAGAGGAAAUACAUAAGUUUUUUUUCUCAGAAAUCAUAUUAAAAUACAUCUUCCUUUGGGGACUAAAUACUAUAGCCUUUUUGUUGGCUAUUGCCACUGGAUUUAUACUCUUACCUGUUGGCAGAACCUAUACUGUCUGGUAUGUCCUCAUCUCAACGCCUCUCGUCUGUUCUUACGCAAUAUCCGUGUACCUGAAGCAUAAGAUCCUCCCACUGAUGUUCUUACUAAUACAUCUCCUGACUGUAUUGGGAGUUAUCCUAUACCUACUUGUAUUCUACAUGAAGUGGAAGCAGACUACACAGAAGAAAAUACCAAAACUCAGAAGCGAGCUGAAUUCCGUAGACUUACAAUCCAUCCUUUAG